GUGUCGGUUGUUUUUGUAAUUUUAACUUUAAUUUAAAUUUUAAUUUAUGUAUAUUCUUAAUAAUUGUAUAGUAUGUGUUAGAAGGUUCAAUAAAUUUUUUAUUCCCAGAGGAUCAUACUCUUAUCAGAAGAUUCUGAGUAAUUUCUUUUCAGAUUCCAUAAAUACAGAUUCUUCCGAUAGAUUCAGGCACUUGAAUGUUUCAGAUAUUCAAAAAUCUGAAAUUGAAAAUGAAUUUUCGACUCUUCAUUCUAACACAUCCAAGAACAAGUCUGUAAAAAAUGAUAUUAAUUGCUCCUUGGAUGAUUAUUCAUUUGAAAAUGUGGAAUCUGCUCUUAUGCAGUUUGUACCUGAAUACAUAUCAUCAGCUGAUGAGAAUAAAAGCACUUUUAUGACUCCUGGCCAGGCAUUUUUCCUUGAGAAUAAGGAAAAGCUGAUGGAAACAGUUAAAAGAAGAUACUAUGAGGAGAAGGAUAAAGCUAAAUAUCAACAGAAAUAUGAUGAUGAACAGGAUGAAACAUUCUCAUCACUUUUAGAAUACGAUUUCAAUGAGGAAUCAUUUGGUUCUUACGGGGAGGAGUUUAUACCUCCCAGGAAUAAACAACACCUCUGGGACUACAAUUCAACUUCAGUUUGCCUUCAUAAGGAACCCAUUGAACUGACUAAGGGAGUAAUGCCAAACAUUAAUCAAAUUGUUGAUAUUUUACAAAGGGAGCAGAUUAUCGAUAUAUCAGUAAUGGACAUGGAUAAAUAUGAGCGGAGAGAUCAAGGUCUCUACGUGAUACUGGGAACAGGGACAACUUCUGCCCAUUGCAGGCGUGUUGGAAGGAUGUUGUACAAUAUAAUAAUUGAUUUGGAGAUCCCUUUUGUCUCAAAAGUCUCCUACUGCUGUAAUUCCCGUAGUGACGAGUGGAUUAUUUCACACCUCGGCCCUCUCUCAGUUCAUCUCAUGAUAAAGAAAACCAGGGACAAGUACAGUUUGGAUGAAGUGUGGUCGGAGCAUUUUUUGACAAAAAGGGAUAUAUCGCAGGAACUUCUGGCGGAUUAAAUUUUAAUUAAUAUAUUUUGCAUAUUA